UAACAUUUCUUGUCCGGGUAAUAAUUAAAAUAUUUCAUGAUGAUCAAAAUUGUGGCUUUGAGUUUGAUGGUGGCGUUCGUCGCUGCGGGGCCCGCAAGAGAAAGGCGUAAGUUUAACUGCCUAGAUUCUUUCAAGAAUGUCCCCAACCCCUGCACGAACAACCCCAGCCAACAGGUGUACUUCCCCCACCCCUCGGACAACUCCAAAUUCAUCCAGUGCGACCGUUACGGACGUAUGUACAUCAUUCAGUGCCCAGAGAACCUGCUCUACAACGGGCUUACAUCAACCUGUAGCGCGGCCGCAACAACCAUGGCGCCCGUGGCUGCCGGAAGUACCGCCGGUCCCGUUGUGAACCCACCAGUGAACACCGGAAAUACCGGCACCAGUGGAAACCCCUGCACUGCCCAGGCGCUCGCUGCCGGAAACAUCUAUUUCUCCGUCCCUAAUGACAACACGAAAUUCAUCGAGUGCGAUAUGCUUGGACAUCCCAAUGUUCUUCCGUGCCCAAGUGGUCUUGUCUGGGAUGAGGGCCGUCUUUCCUGUGUGUACAACUUCAAUGUCAAUGUUGGAACCGGAAACACUGGAACCGGAGGUAUCAUUGUCACCCCCGCAACUGGCGGAACUGUCACUGGCGGAACAGGCCCCGGCACUGGCGCAGGUUCCCUCGCCAACAAUUGCUCACCUGAAAACAUCGCUAACAACAAGCUUUUCUGGCCUCACCCGGACCCAACCAAAUUUAUCCAGUGUGAUCUAUGGGGGGAUCUCUAUGUAAACAGCUGCCCUGCCGGACUCGUCUGGAACCAGUACUCCGAAACCUGUGCCUCCGCUUACGUCAACUAUGCCGGAAAUGGUGGAAAAUAG